UGAGUUACUGGCGGAAAAGAAAUGGCGGCGCGGUAUGUUGGGGUCAUGUGUAGGAGAUUGUGCUCCGGUACCGUGGUUCCUACACCGGCUGCGGAGGUAGUAAAAAAACCGGGGUUCAGGGAGCGGCUGAGAACCGGAAAGAUGGCAACUUGGGUUAAAAGUCUCCUUCAUGACUAUUCUGAGGCUUGCAAGGACAUUGUUGUGGGAGCUAAAGAACGUCCCGGUAAAGCUGCUUUCUACAUUACUCUCCUUGCGGGUGCUGGCGUUUGCUCUUCUAAGGCACCUUCUGAGGACUCCUUCCAAUGUGCCGUCCUUGAUGCCUCUGCCUCGCUGCUUUUGCUUUCUGCAUGGACACGGAGUGGAAAAUCUGACCAGCACGUGCAGCGUUUAACCAACCUUUGGAACCAAGGACGUCUGCGUUACCUCAAUCUUAUUUUCUUCUCUCUUAUCUACGAAACUCCUUAUGAUUCAGAAUGUGACCUCUACCCAGCUAGUUGUCCUCAUUUGCAGCCUCGUUGGAAAGAUUUUCCCAGUAGAGUAUUAGAUAUUGGCUUUUUCAGUCAUUGGUGGUUCCUCCACUUUAAGAUGAAAGACUAUGAUGUGAAUGAAGAAGAAUUUGCUCGUCUCCCUGUUCACAUGAGAACAAUCAACUGGAAUGAUCUUCAUUCUGAAGAGAAUGAGAGACUUUUCCAAAGCAAAUAUCUGCCAGUUGUAAUGCCAGAAGUACCUGACGUAGUACCUGACCAGCAGAUUAAAGAAAUAUAACUUUAAAUACACCUUUUGUAUGUUAUUGAAUCAAAUGUAUGUGCAAAUUUAAUAUGAAUAUAAAAAUAUUGUUUCCGUCUGUU